GUUACUCAGUAUCUGUUGCGGAAAACCCAAGUGAACGCACGAGCCGGUUCAGUCUUGCCUGUGCUGUCUCUCACAGCUUGGCUGUAGUGUGCCUGGCCACGUCCUGAGGGAAAAGUUGUGCCACCGGUGACAGCGACAGAGAGGUUGACAGACUACUGUCAAAGGACCCCAUGAGGACAGAAUGGCGACCCGCGAUUGGCUGUUUUUUCUUGCGACUACGGCUGUGGCCUUGGCCACGAAGCAUGGAGACUGCUUCACCAACACGAUCCUCGACGGGCGGACGAGUCCCGAAUACGCGCUGUCCGGCCGAGAUGCCGCCGACCUCCUCCUCCAAAACGUGCACGGCGUCCAAGGCACCUCGAGGAUCUACCUGGGCUCCGUGUGCGUCUUGCAUGUGCUCCACAAUGGCAAAGAGCCCUGGGACAAGGGCUGCAGAUACUAUUCGACGAGUGAAGAGACUGUGGCUCUUAAAAUAGAACUCAGCGCAGGAGAACUCGUCAUUCGGACCAAGACUAAUGAACAGUUCAACGGAAGAAGCACCUCUGGCAGCGCCGGCUUCACCGUCCAGCCGUUCGGACUCACCGUCAACACCGUCUACAACUGCCCCGAGGAGUGCCGGCAAGUUCAGGGUUCCAUUAUCCCUCUUCACUCUCGGGUAGGCGUGGACCUCACCCUCUUCCUGAGACCCGAGAACCAACAAGAAAGGAUAAUCUUUGAAAUAAAAAAACGAGAACUUGAGUGGGAAACUCUUGUUUUCGAACUCGCGAAAAGUGAAGACUACGAGGCAACGAAUAUCAAAGCCUGGCUCUCCAUUAACAUCUCAGUCUUGUCGCAAUAUGGUUCUAUGGAUUUCGUCGCGACUCCCCUGUGGGAUGCAGGUGGGAUUAAAACCUUCAGUGUUCCUAGUCCUGACACCAUUAUAGAUUUUCGUCUGUCUCGGAACAUCAUAUGGAGCGUAGGCUGCGUCCCUGAUCUCGGCAGCGGGGACACUUCGGCAGCGGUGGGCAGGUCGUACGUUCCCCUGCUGCUUGUGUUCGCCGCACUCGCUGUCCUCGUCUUCGGCAUCGCCGUCUGCGUGUAUCGGCGCCGCAAAGCUGAUAAGGAAGGCAAGUCACAUAUAACUACCAUGCGUGAUGACGUUGCAGGAACAAAGAGUAGCUUUUGA